CAAAGGUACUUAAAGCCUUGCCGGCCAUCCCUGCCAUCUUCCUCCGGGUAACAAGCUGCGCACUGCAGGCGAGAAGAAGAAAAUUCCCUCAGAACUGGCAAGCUGUUUUGCGGUUUUGUUUUGACACGCAGGCUCAGCUCCCUAUUUGCUGUUUUGAGAGGAUGCAAGAGAAAAAAACAAAACAAACAACAAACAAACAAACAAAAAAACUUGGCAUCCCAUACAAGCCCAGCAAGAAGGUUGGGAUCGGGAGGCCAGAGGGGCUUGAAAUCGCUAUUUUUCACUAACACCCUCCCUUUUCAGACACCUUGCUGCCACAACCCUGCUCCCUCCCCUCCCCGACCAGCCCCCUGUCCUUCUAGGGCCUAGGAAAUGGGUGUGCCAGCUUAUGUAGGAGAGAUGGCGGAUUUGGCGCUGUAUGGGCUUCACAGGCUCGGGGACCGUGAGAGAAUCUGGUAUUAAACCGCCAUGCUAACUGCCAGGCUGCUUUCCAGACACCUGCGGCCCACACAGCCCUUCAUCCUGGUCUUUUCAGCUCUGAAAAAGGAAUUCGGGUUCUUAGUCUGUCCCGGAGUCUGUAUUUCUGCCCUUCAGCUGGACCUCAGCACGAAGCUCUGGCGGAACUAGAGGAAAAAGAAAGACCUCUGAAAUCUUGCAGAUCCAUCCACUUAUAGGCUCUGCAGCUGUGAGCACAUUGGAAAUUGCUCCUGAUCCCAAGAAGCUGGUCCAGCUCAGCUUGCAGCCUCAGAAGAACUUUCGAACCUAACCUUGAGAACCUUGAUUUGACUGGUACGCAAGCCAGUUCCACACCCUGGAUCAGAGAAUCACUCCAGGUGUACCAUGAGCCGUGCCCGGGAUGCUGGCUGUGUAGCUGCUGGCAUAGUGAUUGGGGCUAGUGCUUGGUACUGUGUCUACAGAUAUACUAGGAGAAAAGAACAGAAGAAGAAGAAGCGACCUGCCAAGCCUAAAAACCGGGCUUCUGUGGGUACUGGAACCAGGGCCAGAGCUGGGCUAAGAGCUGGGUUUACAAUUGACCUUGGGCCAGGAUUCACUCCCCCAACCCCAGUCAGUGUUGAGGCAAUGAGCAAGGCUCAAGGAGAAGCAGCCAGUUCUGACACAGCUGUAGCUGAAGAAGUGGUGCCAGCUGCACCCAGCCCUAAGGUUCAGAAUGGGGCAGAAAGUAAAGUCCAGGAGGCGAAUGGGGCUGGGACUGAGCCUAAUAGGGAAACAGUAGCAGUGACUCCAGCUGCCUGUGCACAUACACCUCCUCCCAAGGUGGCAGAGGCUCCCAUUGCAGCAGAGGCUCCAGAAAUAGUAGGGGCUCCCAAGUUGCUGGAAGCUCCCAGCACCACAGAGAAUUCUGCAGCAACAGCACACCCUGGGCCAGCAGUACCUCUGGGGGUAGUCCCGUCUCCUGGGCCAGCAGCACCUUCCCCAUCAAUAAUGCCUCCUGGACCAGCAGCACUUCCCUGGGCAGUCCAGUCUCCAGGACCAGCAGCACCUCCCAUGGCAGUCCAAUCUCUUGUGACAGCAGCACCUUCCUGGGCAGUAGUAGCGCCUCCUGGGGCAGUUUACAUUCCUGUGGCAGCCCACUUCCCUGGGCCGGCAGCACCUUCCAGGGUAACCCAGUCUCCUGGGACAGUGGUGCCUCCUCUUCCACCCCCAUCUCUGGGACCAGGAGUGCUUGCCAGGUCAGUGCAGUCUCCUGUGGCAUCAGUUCCUCCCAGAGCAGUCCAGUCUCCUGGGGCAGCAGUGCAUCCUGGGGCCACCCAAUCUCCUGGGGUAGUAGUGCCUCCCAGGGCAGUCCAGUUUUCUGGGGCAACAGUGACUCCCAGGACAGCAACUCCUUCUGGAACACCAGUUCCUUCCAGGGGGGCAGCAACUCCCAAGACAGGAGCAUUAGCUAGGGCACCAGCAUCUACCCAGAGAGCAGCAACUACAGAGGUCAUGCAGGUCCCUAGGGUGGCAGCCCCUGCUGAAUCCACAGAGUCUCCUAGAAUAGCAACAUCUGCCACAGUGGAUGAGGCCUCUCUGCCAAUGUUUUCUGGGACUUCAGGGUCCUCUAAGACAGCAGCAACCACUGCUGGCAAGAAAGCAGCCCCUGGAGCUCACACAGGGGCUAUACCUAAGGCUGGGUCAGCCACUGGAGCUGUACCCAAAGGUGGAGGCAAGGGUGGAAACAAGAACCGGAAUGGAGGCAAGGGCAAAAAUAGGAAAAACAAGGUUGAAGUGGAUGAAUUGGGGAUGGGCUUCCGCCCUGGUGAUGGGGCUGCAGCAGCUGCUGCAGCCUCUGCUAAUGGGGGACAGGCUUUCCUAGCAGAGAUUCCUGAGUCUGAAGAAGGGGAAUCUGGGUGGACUGAUACAGAGUCAGACUCGGACUCUGAACCUGAGGUCCAGCCCAGAGGAAAGGGGAAGAGAACCAUUCCCAUGCAUAAGCGCCCCUUUCCUUAUGAAAUUGAUGAGAUUCUGGGUGUCCGAGAUCUCAGGAAAGUCCUAGCCUUGCUUCAAAAAUCUGAUGAUCCCUUCAUCCAGCAAGUAGCCCUGCUCACCCUGAGCAACAAUGCCAAUUACUCAUGUAAUCAAGAAACAAUUCGAAAGUUGGGAGGCCUCCCAAUUAUUGCAAACAUGAUCAACAAAACUGACCCCCACAUUAAGGAAAAAGCCUUAAUGGCCAUGAAUAACCUGAGUGAAAAUUAUGAAAACCAGGGCAGACUACAGGUGUACAUGAAUAAAGUGAUGGAUGACAUCAUGGCUUCUAACCUGAACUCAGCAGUACAGGUAGUUGGGUUAAAAUUUUUAACAAACAUGACUAUUACUAAUGACUACCAGCACCUGCUUGUCAAUUCCAUUGCAAACUUUUUCCGGUUGUUAUCUCAGGGGGGAGGAAAAAUCAAGGUUGAGAUUUUGAAAAUACUUUCAAAUUUUGCUGAAAAUCCAGACAUGCUCAAAAAGCUUCUCGGUACCCAAGUGCCGGCAUCAUUUAGUUCCCUUUAUAAUUCUUAUGUGGAAUCAGAAAUUCUUAUUAAUGCUCUUACUCUUUUUGAGAUUAUCUUUGACAACCUCAGAGCAGAAGUCUUCAACUACAGAGAAUUCAACAAGGGAUCUCUGUUUUACUUAUGUACUACAUCUGGGGUGUGUGUUAAGAAAAUUCGAGCCUUAGCAAAUCACCAUGACCUCUUGGUGAAAGUGAAAGUUAUAAAACUGGUGAACAAGUUCUGAUUGAUCUGUGCCCUCAAGGUGUGUGAUUAUUUGGUUUUACAGUUGCAAGCAUUAAAAAUGAGACAUUGCUUUUCUAAUUGUAUGUAUAUUAACGGAAUCCUUUCAGCUGCUGGUUUUGAAUAAUGUAUCAUUCAGAGUGAUGUUAUCUGUGACAGUCAUCAGCUUUAAGCUGAACCAUUUUCUGAUUACCAAAUCCCCUGUAGUGCUAUCGUACUGAAGACAUAUUUGUGAUUUUGUGAUUGGAACUGUGCUGCUUGGGUGUAAUAUUUUUGUUGGGUCCUCUAUGUGAAUCGAUAACCAUCCUGUCCAUGAAUGGCCUACUCUGCUCUUACUUGUUUUGACUUGAAUUUUGUCACCAAAGACUUCAUAUGUGCAUCAUCAAUAAAGCGUGUGUUGUAAAUGGCAAGAA